AUGCUGGAACAAGCAUUACAGAGAUAUGGGAAUGAUAGCAAACACUGUGGAAUUGAAAUGUUAGCAUCCAAAACUGCAUUGAUGAAAAUAAAUGUUAUAAGGAUGUUGAAGAAUAGUAAUGCUGCAACUGUAGACGAUGGGACAGGCAAAGGAUAUGGAUGUGAUUUCACUAUGGUGUGGCUUUCCAAUGUAUAUGUGAAGAGUGCAUCCGUGCCUUACCAUUGGAAGAAUGGCAUUAUUGUUCCCCUAGCCAAUCUGAGCCGCGCGCAGCGGAUCCCGCAGGCUCCAUUCAAGAAUCUCAAGUAUUCAAGAUGGACGGAGCGGAAUGCGGAGAGAGAGAGUGAGUCGCGGGAGCUGUUUAGUGCCCGCCACUUUCUUGCCCGGGCAAAGCGGGGGGAAAACCGCCAAAGUUUUAACCUCCACCGCGGGGCCAUUGCGAGAGACGAGGAGAAGCCAGAGAGCUGCCGAAAGGAAACUUGUUAUUUCCCAAAUUCUGUUGCUUCAUAUCUGGUGAUAAGGUUCAACAUCAUUGAUAAGGUGAACGACCUGUCAAUGAAAAACAAGGACAUCCUGUUGCAUCAGUUCCCAAACACUAGGUUGAAUUCCCGAACAGUCUUCUUGAAACAUAAAACUGGAUACUCCUGCUGGAUGAAGACUAAAGAGAAUGAUUUGAUUAAUGUGCACCGUGCAGCAGCCCAGUAUUCUAUAGAAGCUCGUACUAAAAAAAGUACAUUGAUAAAAUAAA